UUAGCAUCCGCGCUGUUGGUUGCAUGGAUUACUGGAGGAAGACCUACGGGCGGUGCAUUGAUGGACCAUGACAGACACAGCAGUAAACACAACAACAAACACAAAAACAAAGCCAACAAAACAAAGCCCGAACAAACAGCGCAUGUGCUCACGGAAGCAGAAGAAGGGCGCUCUGAAGGAAACUCGACCUCGCCACUUGUUCACGUCCUCUGCCCGGUGACCCAUGGGCCAGCCCCCCUUUGGAAAGCAACCUUCGCCAACCAGCGCUACCUUGUACAAAUACCGUCGAUUAUUUCACCUCACUCCUCAAUGCACCCUCCUUUCUCCGCGCCCAUAUCCCAGCACCUUAUACACGCACCAUGCCGCUCGCACUCUGCAAAAUCUUGGUCUGUACCUCCGACCCAUUCGACCUCGUCAUUAUCUCAAUCGGAAGCGCAGCCCUUAUCGCUAUUCAGCCAAUGGACAAUGCUCCGAGAAAGGCAGUCAAGCCCACGGUCGCCGUAACGAACGAUGCUGCCGACCGAGGUGCGAGCGCUGUCAACAAGAACCAGGCCACUAAUCUCGUCAAGGUGGUCGCCCCUGAGCCAGCUAUUGUCGCCCUAGUCGUCAACAGUGCACCCAGCAUCCCUACUCAACAGUGGUGGGACUGUAGGGAGGGCAAGUGUGUCGAGCUAACAAAACGUGGUUGGUUAUGCCGCAAUGAUGCAACAUAUGGCGGUUUGUGCGAUGUCCACAGGACCGACUUGCCCAAGUGUCAGCAUUUUUCGGAAUGGAAACAGGGCCUUUGCUUAAAAACUGUAGUGGAUGAGAAGCAGAUGCGAUGUGAGAUUCACAAAACGGGCAGAACAGAUCAAUGUCGGAAAUAUAUCUACGCAAAAGGCCGGCACUGCCUCAACAAAGGGGAGUACUCUGGUUAUUGUGCUUACCAUCCUAAUGGUGGCUCGCGAUGGGUCUAGGACAGCAAGUUCAGAAGCUGCGUUCUAGCAAAAUCUGGGAAAUAAAGUUUUUUUUUUUUUUUUUUUUCAAAAUGUGUAGGCCCGGCUAGUUCUGAGUCAUACAUGGCCGAGUCUUUACUGUUGCAGUUCGUAGCUCGCGGCUCUUGUUGCCUAGGGCAUGCUGUUUGUAAGCGCAAGAGAUGGAGGAGGAAGGAGGGAAAGGAAGGAAAGAAGGGAAGAAGGAA